CACGUUUGAUGGAGCCACUGAAGCAUGCGCACAAGCGGAGCACGGAGCUGUCCAAGUGCUGAAAUUUAUAGUCAGUGUAACAUCACAGCUCUUUCCUCUCAUUCCGGCACAGGGAGCAUAGCUUUUUCUAGAACCCAACACCAAUCAUUCCCUUACAAUAUUUACAACUUGCUGAUAAGAAAAAAAGGAGGAGAAGGCAAAGAGCCCUCCCCAUUUUAACGACGAUUUACACAAAUACCAAUUUUUAAGCCCAAGGGAAAUAAAAUCAGCUCCUGAAGACAAACCAACACGACAGCAUUAGCCCCUUUUGCAUGAUGCUAAGGUAGAAAAGCAUUUGGAAUUUGGGGGGGGGGGGGGAGAGGAGGGGAUUCAGCAUUUGUUUAAAAGCAGAGAAUCAUCAUUUCAAAUGCUUUGUAUCUUUUGUGUUGGCUGCUUGGGAUGAGCCUGGGUUUAACCUAACAAUGAUUCCGAGGACUGGUACUUCUGAUUUUUUACCAUCUUCAAUGGGUACAAAUUUGGGUCUUCUCUUUCUGUUUUUAAAGAAAUUUAAAUUAUUGCUGGAUCUGGGAAUUUAGACAAGACAUAGUAUUUUCUCUCCCCCUCCCCCUUGGUUGAUUCUGGAAUCGUUUCUGGGAUAUUUUUUCCACAUUCAACACAGAAAACAGGAGGAAUGAACCGGCAGCUAGUGAACAUUCUGACAGCCUUGUUUGCCUUUUUCUUAGAGACACACUACUUCAGGAUGACUUUCUGUAAAGAACAUGAUUCCAGAUCUGGGAAACCUCCUUCACAGACACUGUCUCCUUCUGAUUUUUUGGACAAAUUAAUGGGACGGACAUCAGGUUAUGAUGCAAGAAUAAGGCCAAAUUUUAAAGCAGAAACAGUGUUACAGGGCACCUAUUCUUCAGAGUUACAUCCAGCCAGAUGGAUUUCCAUUGGAGAUGAAAGGGCAAUGAAGUGGUCCUCCAGUAAACGUUACUUGCAAUAUUUUUAUCAACAGUUUUGGAUCAGUCACAGAAACCACAAUGGUCCUCCUGUAAAUGUUACCUGCAACAUAUUUAUCAACAGCUUUGGUUCAAUAGCAGAAACUACAAUGGACUACAGAGUGAACAUUUUUUUGAGGCAGCAAUGGAACGACUCACGUCUUGCCUACAGUGAAUACCCUGAUGACUCCUUGGAUUUGGAUCCAUCUAUGUUGGACUCUAUUUGGAAACCUGAUUUAUUCUUUGCCAAUGAAAAGGGAGCCAACUUCCAUGAUGUUACCACAGACAACAAACUUCUGAGAAUUUCCAAGAAUGGGAAAGUGCUGUAUAGUAUCAGGCUUACAUUAACCUUAUCUUGUCCCAUGGACCUGAAGAACUUUCCCAUGGAUGUACAGACGUGCACAAUGCAACUAGAGAGCUUUGGUUACACUAUGAAUGACUUGAUUUUUGAGUGGAUGAGUGAGGGUCCAGUGCAAGUAGCUGAAGGAUUAACUCUGCCGCAGUUUAUUCUGAAAGAAGAGAAGGAGCUUGGCUAUUGCACAAAGCAUUACAAUACUGGAAAAUUUACAUGCAUUGAAGUAAAGUUUCAUUUGGAGCGUCAGAUGGGAUAUUAUUUAAUCCAGAUGUACAUUCCUAGCCUUCUGAUCGUUAUUUUGUCCUGGGUUUCCUUCUGGAUCAACAUGGAUGCUGCUCCAGCCAGAGUUGCCUUGGGCAUCACCACAGUCCUGACAAUGACCACACAGAGUUCAGGUUCCAGAGCUUCUCUUCCAAAAGUCUCCUAUGUAAAGGCGAUUGACAUCUGGAUGGCUGUGUGUCUUCUCUUUGUGUUUGCUGCACUGCUUGAAUAUGCAGCAGUGAAUUUUGUGUCAAGGCAACACAAAGAAUUUCUGAGGCUUCGGAGAAGGCAAAGGAGGCAAAAUAAGGCACAGACUGUGACUGUUGGGAAUGAAAGUGUCGAGUCGGUACGGCGCGUGAAUGGCUUGAGGACAAAAGAGUCAUCAACAUACGGGACAGUGAAUCAGAUCUGCAAUCCGAGUUUCAGGGAAGAAGAUGCUACUCGUGACAGUCGGUUUAAUUUUGGCUAUGGGAUGGGUCACUGUCUACAGGUCAAAGAUGGGGCUGCAGUCAAGGCCACACCUCUAAAUCCUCCACUGCCCCCACCACCAAAGGAUUCCGAUUCCAUCAAAAAGAAGUUUGUCGACCGUGCCAAAAGGAUUGAUACAAUAUCCCGUGCUGCAUUCCCACUUGCCUUUCUCAUCUUCAACAUAUUUUACUGGAUUACAUACAAAAUUAUACGCCAUGAGGAUAUUCACAAAAAAUAACUCCGUAAGAGCUGGGAACUUUUAGCCAAAGCGACUCACUUGUAAAUAGAGAGUGAAAUGUCUUUUCUGUCAUUGGGACUGAGGUUUUUUUGUCUUGUGAUAACUAAAGAGGGGGGAAUAGAAAAAAAAGGAAAAGUAUCAACAACAAUUGCACAAAACAAGACGUUGUGGGAUUACAAACGUGAGGAUUUCCUUAUGUGCUCUCAACGUGGUUCUUCCAGACUCUUGCCAAGAUCAUAUAAAACCUAAACAGGGCCAAUUUUUUCCAAAAUGCAGUGUCUCUAAGACAUAUUUUUAAAAAAUACCUAAACAGAUCUGUCAUAGGACUGACUGUAAUGGCUGCCGUGCAAUGAGUUGUAAGAGGACCAAACUUUUUUCAGGGUUAUGCUGCCUUUCUAUAUGAAACAAGUCUACUAAGCUACAUUCCAUUAAUGUCUGUAGUUAGUGGUUCACCCAGAAGUCCCUUUGUGGAUUGUAAAUUAUUUCUACUAACCAAGGGGUGGAGAUUUAUACUUUAAUAUCCUUGUGGGUGUGCAUUUAAUAUUAUUGCUUUCCUAGAACUGUAACUUUUGAGGUCUGACUUGUGUAGGCCGUGAUUCAUUUGAUUGCUUCCACUUGUAGAAACGACCUGCAAAAUGGCUCGUUUUAUCUUGGUUCAAAGACAGUGCACUUAUUUCAAUUCAUUUUUGCCUGGGUCUUUAAAAAAUAUUAUUAUUACAUCCAGCAUAAGGUGCCAAACUGUAAUUUACCUAUUGUAUUACCCUGUACUGCACUAUUAAUUAAGAACUCAUUUCCUGGCAUAGCUCAGUUUCGCAUUGACUUUCUAUUACUGCUCUCAUUGUAGCUGCAAGUUGAUAGCUCUGUAGGUAAGCAUACCUUGUUUACAGACCUCUAAUUUGUACCUUUCCUAAAGAGUGGCUAUCAUUUUAAAUAUCAUUGACUAACGAAAAAGUUUUAAAAUUGUACUGUGAUUUUCAUAACUUGUUAACCUUGGGUGCCAGAGCUAUGUGGUCCAAAUCCUUGCUAUGUGUUUUGAAGUAGAAAUCAAAAACAAAAUAAAAAUAAAAGCCAAACAAAAACUGAGGUAUUUUUGCUUAUGCAGACAACCUGUAAGAUUAAAAAUUAACAUUACAAUUUUACACUUGCCGUAAAAGGGUUUAUUACAAAAAACAUAAUGACAUUUCAAUAAAGCUUAACGUAUGAUU